AGAGGGCCCCAGAAGAAGAAAGCCGCGCCCCCUUUUGUUCCUCCCCAGUUUGGGCGCGCCGUUGCGGUUUCCCCAUCCGCUCCUAACUCCUCCGUUCGAUCGAAGCCGCAGAGCUGGGUUCGAUUCGUUUCGGCGACUAGGUUCGUUUUGGAGUUUAGGUGAGUAUCUGCAUCAAAGAUAGCAUGAGCGGUACAAGGCGUGCCCCGAGGAGACAGUCGCAAGAUGGGACAGCUGGUAAAGUAGUGGUGAACUUGGAAGCAAGCUCCCCAGUGGUGGGUAGCCCUCAUGGAGUACCAGCUACUGUUGCUGGCGCACAAAACUCACCUAUUGAUGUGGACGCAAUUGAAGAUGAAGUGCAGGCAAUAUCGCCCUCACGAGUGCCCCCUCCAAGGAGGAACAGGAGAAUCAGGAGGCGACCAGUAACAGUGGUUGACUUGGAGGUGGAAGGUGUCCAGGAAGGGAACAAACGCCAGAGGGUUGUACCUGUGCAUUGCCUCUCUCAAAAAAAGGGUGAAGGGUCUAGCUUUCAGUCAAAUAAGGAGGUUCCCAAGGAACCAAUUUUUACCUGCCCAAUAUGUUGGAAUAAGAUGGAGGAUCCCUCCACAACAUCUUGUGGCCAUAUCUUCUGCAGCACAUGCAUCAAGCAAGCCAUCAAGGUUCAGAAGAAAUGUCCAACGUGCAGGAAGGGCCUGAGAGCAAAUAGUAUCCAUCGGAUUUACCUUCCAAGCACUGCUAGUUAAGGUCCAUUGGCUGUGUCAAAGAAACUUCUGGUACUAUAAGGCUGGGCAAUAUCAGAAGUUUUUUCCAGGGUGAACAGUUGAUGGUUUUCACCCUAGCCUGUAUCAUGUAACUGCAGCGCCAGGAGCUCAUCAGCUCAUUGCGACCACUUCCUGACAAGGGAAGUGGAUAGCUUCAGUUUUUACUCGAAUUUUAUUGCACCUUACAACUUGAGAUGUUGUUGUGUUGUAUGUAUUAGGUUAAUGGCUUAGUUGAUCAGUGUAACUGGGAUUUGCUUCAAUCUUAAAUGAUAAUAGUCAGUCGCAAGCUUUAGCAUUUA